AUGACACAGCCGAUGCACGGCGACGUGGCCACUGAUUUAAUUGAAAAUAGACUUUCAUUCUCAAUAAUCCCUAGAAUAAGCCUGCAUGUAAGGGAUCUGUCGAUCAUUGCGUCCAAGACCAACACGACACUGGUCGAUACGUUUUCCAUGGACUUGCCCAGUGGGUCGGUCAUGGCAGUUAUGGGCGGUUCAGGGUCAGGAAAGACCACAUUACUAAAUGUUUUGGCAUCCAAGAUUAGUGGUGGCUUAAUUCAUAACGGUUCUAUACGGUAUAUCUUGGAAGAAUCCGAUUCUGAAUCUGAGGAAAUAGAGGCUAAGAAGAUCCGCUUGGAUGGCCAAGACCAUCCUACCCAGAAGCAUGUGACAAUGGCUUACUUGCCACAACAAGAUGUGCUCUCUCCAAGGCUGACCUGUAGAGAAACCCUCAAGUUCGCAGCUGAUUUGAAGUUAAAUUCAUCCAAGAGAAUGAAGAAGCUGAUGGUUGAGCAGUUGAUUGAGGAAUUAGGGCUUAAGGAUUGUGCAGAUACUUUAGUGGGCGAUAAUUCACACAGAGGUCUUUCUGGUGGUGAGAAGAGGCGGCUGAGUAUUGGUACUCAGAUGAUCUCGAACCCUUCCAUCAUGUUCUUGGAUGAGCCUACUACUGGGCUGGAUGCGUAUUCGGCUUUCCUGGUUAUUAAAACUUUGAAAAAAUUGGCCAAAGAAGAUGGUAGGACUUUUAUCAUGUCCAUUCAUCAACCAAGGUCAGAUAUUUUAUUUUUAUUGGAUCAGGUUUGUAUUUUGUCAAAGGGCAAUGUAGUAUACUGUGAUAGAAUGGAUUACACCAUCCCUUAUUUUGAGUCUAUCGGUUAUUGUGUGCCACAACUGGUGAAUCCAGCAGAUUAUUUUAUUGAUCUGUCGAGUGUGGAUUCUAGAUCUGAUAAGGAAGAAAUUGCUACGCGAAGUAGGUUGAGUUCAUUGAUCAAUCAUUGGCAUGACUAUGAGAAAAAAAAUUUACAACUUCGUGAUGAAUCAUAUAUAGAAAACGCUACGGAAAUUCAAAUUCAAAAUAUGACUACCAGACUACCAUUUUGGAAACAAGUCACGGUUUUGACAAAACGAAAUUUUAAAUUGAAUUCCUCAGAUUAUGUGAUUCUGAUAUCCACUUUUGCUGAACCUCUAAUCAUUGCUACUGUCUGUGGUUGGAUUUACUACAAACCUGAUAAGACCAGUAUCAGCGGGUUAAGGACGACCACCGCGUGCCUUUACGCCUCCACCAUCUUACAAUGUUACUUAUAUUUGCUGUUUGAUACGUAUCGACUCUGUGAGCAAGACAUUGCGUUAUAUGAUAGAGAAAGAGCAGAAGGUUCAGUGACACCAUUGGCAUUCAUUAUCGCUAGGAAACUGUCCCUUUUUUUCUCUGACGAUGUCGUCAUGACAAUGAUUUUUGUCAGUAUAACGUACUUCAUGUUUGGGUUGCAAGCGGAUGCUAGGAAGUUUUUUUACCAAUUCGCCAUUGUAUUCUUGUGCCAGUUGUCAUGUUCAGGGUUAUCUAUGCUAUCUGUGGCUGUCUCGAGAGAUUUCUCUAAAGCUUCUUUAGUGGGAAAUAUGUCAUUCACAGUGUUAUCUAUGGGGUGUGGUUUCUUCGUCAAUGCCAAAGUCAUGCCAGUGUACGUUCGUUGGAUUAAAUAUAUCGCCUUCACAUGGUACUCGUUUGGUACUCUGAUGUCGAGCACCUUCACAGAUUCGUAUUGUACUUCAAAUAAUCUCGAUGAGUGCUUAGGCAACCAGAUUCUAGAAGUUUACGGAUUUCCUAAGAACUGGAUAACUGUACCUGCGGUUGUUUUACUAUGCUGGUCUAUAGGAUAUUUUGUAGUAGGAGCAAUUGUACUACACUUUCAUAAAAUUGAUAUCACUUUACAAAAUGGAGUGAAAUCUAAAAGAAAGAAAGCCAGCAAGAAAUCACCAACAGGAGUGAAACCUGCAGUCCAGUUGCUAGAUGAUGUCCAUCAUCGAAAGGACUUAGAGGCCGAAAAAGAUAAAAGAAUAUCCAUUACUAUUAAAUUACAGGAUAUCCACUUACGAGUUAUUUUUCGAAACCCUUUCACAAAUUGGAGGGGGGCCAGUUCACAUAACGAAACUAAAGAAAUUUUACAGUCAGUGAAUGCCAUUUUCAAACCUGGGAUGAUUAACGCAAUUAUGGGACCGUCAGGGUCAGGGAAAUCCUCAUUGUUGAACUUAAUCUCUGGAAGAUUAAAACCCUCCGUUUUUGCUAAAUUCAGCACUUCAGGUUCGAUAAUGUUUAAUGAUAUCCAGGUUUCAGAGCUUAUGUUCAAGAACGUGUGCUCGUAUGUCUCACAAGAUGAUGACCAUCUUCUAGCCACAUUGACUGUUAAAGAAACCUUCAAAUACGCUGCUGCAUUGAGGUUGCAUCAUUUGGUAGAAGCAGAGCGAAUGGAAAAGACUGACUGUUUGAUAAGAUCUUUAGGUUUGAAGCACUGUGAAAACAAUAUUAUUGGCAAUGAAUUUGUCAAAGGUAUAAGUGGUGGUGAAAAAAGAAGAGUCACCAUGGGUAUACAAUUAUUGAAUAAUCCUCCCAUCUUAUUAUUAGACGAACCAACUUCAGGGUUAGAUAGCUUUACAUCCGCUACGAUAUUGGAAAUUUUGGAGAAUCUGUGCAAGGAGCAAGGGAAAACAAUUAUCAUCACUAUCCAUCAACCAAGGUCAGAAUUAUUCAAACGAUUUGGUAAUGUUUUACUGUUGGCCAAAUCAGGUAAGACCGCUUUCAAUGGGUCACCCGAUGAAAUGAUUGCUUAUUUUGCUGCAUUGGGCUUUAAUUGCCCAUCUUUUACCAAUGUGGCGGAUUUCUUUCUUGAUUUGAUUUCAGUUAAUACACAAAAUGAAGAGAAUGAAUCAAGCUCAAAAGUAAGGGUAGAAGAAAUACUCACUGCUUGGAAAGGUAACAUGGACAAUGAAAGUCUCUCAUCGACUCCGACUUCUGAAAAGCAGCAAUUCUCUCAGGAAUCGUUUUUAACAGAAUACAGCGAGUUCGUGAGAAAACCGGCCAACUUGGUUUUGGCAUACAUAGUCAACGUUAAGAGGCAGUUUACUACGACGAGAAGAAGUUUUGAUUCUUUAAUGGCACGUAUUGCACAAAUUCCAGGGUUAGGUGUUAUUUUUGCGUUGUUUUUUGCUCCUGUUAAGCAUGAUUACACUAGUAUCAACAAUCGUCUCGGGCUGGCGCAAGAAUCUACGGCAUUAUAUUUUGUGGGUAUGCUGGCCAAUUUGGCAUGCUACCCAACUGAAAGAGACUACUUCUAUGAGGAAUACAAUGAUAAUGUUUACGGUAUAGCUCCUUUUUUCCUAGCUUAUAUGACCCUGGAAUUACCGCUGUCUGUAUUAGCCUCCGUGUUAUAUGCAGUUUUUACGGUGCUGGCAUGUGGACUGCCGAGAACUGCAGGUAAUUUUUUUGCAACUGUUUAUUGUUCUUUUAUUGUUACCUGCUGUGGUGAGGCUCUAGGUAUAAUGACGAAUACUUUCUUUGAAAGGCCGGGGUUUGUGGUCAACUGUAUUUCCAUUAUUUUAUCCAUUGGUACUCAGAUGUCGGGGUUAAUGUCAUUAGGCAUGUCAAGGGUAUUACAAGGCUUCAAUUAUUUGAACCCUGUGGGGUAUACAUCCAUGAUCAUUAUUAAUUUUGCGUUCCCAGGUAAUUUGAAGCUUACUUGUGAAGAUGGUGGAAGAAACCCAGAUGGUACGUGUGAAUUUGGAAACGGGCAUGAUGUAUUAGUCUCUUACGGUUUAGUAAGAGAUACUCAAAAAUAUCUGGGAAUUAUUGUGUGUGUGGCCAUUAUAUAUCGUCUGAUUGCAUUUUGUAUCCUAAAAGCAAAAUUGGAAUGGAUAAAGUGGUAG